AUGUUAAUUCUGUGGGAAUUUAGACCUGAGGAAGAUUGCUCGUGGUAUCUACUGGUCAUUUGUGGCAAGACGGUAGUUGGAAAGCUACCAGGAGGCCAUUUAAUUUAUCGUAUUGACAGAGUAGCAGCAUUGCCGCUAUCAAGAAAUAAUCCAGCCCAAGACUUACAAGUUAAAUACCGUCCAUCAAAUAAUCGUACCAAUCGACCAUCUGAUCCACAUAAGAAGCAAAUAGCUUUCAGUCAAGCUUGGAAUUCAUUGAAAUAUGGUUCGGCUUUGCCGGAUAAAACGCAAAGAAAAAGCUUAAAAAUCAAAGAAAAAUUAGAGAGGCGAUUAUUGGAGGAAUUAUGUAAAAUGUUUAACGAUUCCGGUGCAUUUUAUUAUUCAACCACUGGCGAUAUUACAAACUCUAUGCAAAAUUUACAUAGUCCAGAUUACGAUGCAACAUUACCGUUAUGGAAAAGGGUAAAUAGGCGAUUUUUCUGGAAUAAAUUCAUGUUAAAAGAUCUAAUUGACUCGAAAGAUCCUGAAGCUGAUAUAUGGAUUACACCGAUUAUGCAAGGAUUUAUCCAAAUAGAAAGAUUUAACUUAUCCCCGGAUCAUGAUCACUCGACGACAACAACAGCAGCAAUGCACGAGAAGAUAACAACGUACAACCAGAAUGUUUUAUCUUUUGUUAUUACACGUGGAUCGGUGCCAUUAUUUUGGAGCCAACCUGGCAUACAAUAUCGCCCGCCGCCUGUGAUUGAUAAAGGUCAAGAAGAUACUCAAGCUGCAUUAACAAAACAUUUUUCUGAGCUUGUCUCAAUAUAUGGCGAUCUAAUAAUCAUCAGUCUAAUUGAUCAUAUUGGAAGAGAGAAGAUUAUCCAUGAUGCCUUUAUGAAAAAUAUAAUCUCCUACGACAGUUCUAAUUUAACUUUUGUAUCCUUCGACUUUCAUGAACACUGGAUUACAUCAGAUCGGUCACCAAUCUGUCAACAAACUUGUGUCAUGCGGGUUAAUUGCAUGGAUUGCUUGGAUAGAACUAAUGUUGUACAGGCUGCCAUUUCUCGUGUUAUCUUGGAAGCUCAACUGAGAAAGUUAGGCUGUUUACUACCUGAACAAUCCUUACCUGGAGGCUGUCGUUUGCAAUGGCAAGGCAUGUGGGCAAAUUGUGGCGACGCUAUUAGUCGGCAAUAUGCUGGUACUGAUGCAUUAAAGGGAGAUUAUACAAGAACAGGCGAAAGAAACGUCAAAGGUGUCAUGAAAGAUGGAUACAACUCAGCAAAUCGGUACUAUUUGAACCGAUUCAGAGAUACGUAUAGGCAGACUGUCAUUGAUAUCAUGUUAGGUAAUCCUGUUACAGAAGAGUUGCAGUUACUGAACUUAAAGCGAAAGAUUAGGCAACAGUUGAAAAAUGAAGAUGAAUGGUCGGCUCAACGGGAAGAAUCAGAGGCGAAUGUAAUAUCUCAUUGCCAACGUUUAAUUGUUCCUGAAGACGAGGAACAUGUUGCUGGUUGGAUGUUAGUUAACCCGCAUUUUUGCUCAAACACCGGCCAUGACGAAGAUGUAGCGCUGUUAUUAACAACCAAAGCAAUAUAUCUUGCCAGUUAUGAUGAUGAAAAUGAGCGUAUAACAACGUUUAGAAGCACUUUAUUGGAUGAUGUUGAAAGAAUAGAAAUUGGCAUGAUUGCAUCGUUGUUUAAAUCGAAAUUUAUAUUCUUACGCCUUCAUUAUAUCCAUGCUAAUUGUACUGGAUAUUUUUAUACCUUGAGAAAUCUUCACUCAAAGACCAUUGAAGAUUCUACAGAUCGUAUGAUAGCUAUUGCUGAUGCUAUUGUGUGCACUUGUGGUCUAGUCAAGAAAAACCCAGUGGCAGUCAUUAAAAAACGCUUAGAAAGAAUUAAAAGCAAAGAUCCUAACGAUGCAGUUGAUUUAUCAUUCAUGUCUCGUGCAAAUGCUUGGUUUUCGAAAGUCAUCAAACCCAUCAAACCCAACGCUACAGUUAGCAAUACUACAACUACGACAGCGACAACUAAUUCAAGCAAUAGCGGACCUUUAUCAGGUCGAUUUAUCAGUCAAUGGCGAAAAAGAUUUCAGCUAAAAAAAGUAUCAAACCCUAACCAUAUUGCAACAGUAGAAACAACAGCAGCAAAUAGCAUUCCAGAUAUUAAAUUAUCCGUUAGCUCACCUACUGUAAUCGCCACAGAGCCUAAUUCAACGUUGGACGCCUACGAAUUUACUAAUAACAACAGUAGCGAUAACGAAUGUAGCGAAGGUAGCACUGGCUCUGAUAGGGAUACAUUAAAAUCUCGUAAUCAAAUAUGGCAAUCUCAUAGUAAAUUAAGGCGACUUACCUCAUCAACCCGAUCUCUAUCCAUUGAUUCCAAAAAUGAGGUAUACUUCCUUUGCGAUUCAUCUAGUCGCAUGGAUAGCCUACGUGAUAAAUACAUCGAUUUAAGAAAAAUACCAUCAUGCCCAGAUCUUACGAUGCCUAUUGAUUCCGAUGAUAGCGAAGAUGAAGAUAGUGAAGGAUCGGCCAAUCAUGAUAGAAAAUCGCAUAAAAUUAUUAACAAAAAUCGUUACUCAUGGACUGCAAGUAUCAACCAAGACUACAGUUGUGUACGCUUGAGUAAAAUUCGACCUGGCAGUAAUCAAUUAGUAGCUAAUUAUCAUCAACCAGCAAUUAAGAUUAACGAUAGUGAUAACAAUUUGAGCGAUUUUGAAGUUAUUGAUAACAAUGCAAUGGAACCAGAAAGCUUAUCCGAUCUCAAUGAUGAGCUCGAUGUUAAUAGUACAUGUACAAUCUGCGGUAAAUACAAAAAAUUAACGGAUAUUAUUCGUGAUGAUUUUAUUGCGGUUGGGUUUAAGUGCGCUAGCUGUUCAGAAUCAUCUCGAAAUACAUCGGAUAAUGAUGAUAUUAGUCACGAAAAGGAUCAAGAUAAUAAUGGAAAGAAGAAAAAUGUACCAGCUGAUAAUGAGAAUCAAAAAGUGUCUUCCAAUAGUGACGACGAUAGCAACAAUAAUACUUACAGUGGCGGAGUUAUUACUGCUAAGAAUCAAGGUAUCAUGACAUCGUUUUCAUCGGAAUCAUUAAGCCAAUUUCGAGAUUCGUUCCGCAACCGCUUCUCCAAUGCUUUUGUAUCGAAAAAAGUCCGUCGUAAGCGAUUGCAAGAAAUUGAGUUAUCACAAAUGCAAGAGAAAUUAAAAGAAAUUAAUUGUAAAACUAAGUUUAUUUUAAUUUAA